GCUUUCUGCGCGCUUUAAUACAAAAUCCCACAAUUCAUGGUGGUUAGCCAAUAAGUCAAUGCCAUAACUCAGAUUAAAAGACAAACUUUCUGCAAACAAGAUAUCCAAAUUUUCUCAAAAACCACCACAGUGUAGAAGAAGAAGAAAGCAAGAAAGAUGAGUCUCAAAGUCUAUGCCGAUCGAAUGUCUCAACCUGCUCGAGCUGUUCUCAUCUUUUGCAAGGUGAACGGGAUUGAAUUUGAGGAGAUCAAGGUAGAUUUAGUCAAAAAGGAAAAUCGAUUGCCUGAAUUCAAAGCAAUAAACCCUUUUGGCCAAGUUCCAAGUUUAGCGCAUGGAGAUUUCAAGCUUUUCGAGAGUCAUGCGAUUCUAAGCUAUCUUGCUUGUGCAUCCCCUGGUGUUGCUGAUCAUUGGUACCCAAGUGAUCUACAGAAGAGAGCUAAGAUCAACUCAGUCUUAGAUUGGCAUCACUCCAAUUUACGCCGUGGUGGAGUUGGCUUUGUCCUAUAUACAAUACUAGGACCUUUAAUAGGCGUUCCUAUAAAUCCAGAAGCAGCUGCCGAAGCCGAGAAAGUUUUGGCCUCAUCGCUGUCAAAAAUUGAGUCAGUUUGGCUCAAUGAUAAUGGGAACUUCUUGUUGGGUAAUAAGGAACCAUCUAUUGCUGAUAUUAGCCUAGUCUGCGAAAUCAUGGAAUUUGAGGUUUUGCCUGAGGAGGAUCGUAUCCGAGUACUAACUCCAUUCAAGAAAGUGUUGAAGUGGAUCGAGGAUACAAGAAUUGCAACAAGCCCUCAUUUCGAAGAAGUGCACAAAACCUUAUUGGCAGCGAAGUCAUUUCUUCACAAACUACCAGUUGAUGAAAACUAUGAAACCGCAUCAAGCAUCAAAGCCAUGUUUGACAUGGAAAUUGCACAGGAGUUGUAAGAUCUAUGUUUCUCAAAGCAACUCCAUUUUUAAGAAUCUGUUUAAGUACAACCUUUGAACAUGGAAUGCAAAGAUGAUCUGAUUCAUCUGAAUAAAUAUUGUGGACUCCAAUAAUAAAUGUCUUGAUUCUUUCUUUCAGUCA